AUGGCCGCCGGAAGGGCUCAGCGGCUGCGCUCUGCCGCCCUGUGGGUGCAGGCCCUGCGCAGGCAGGCCGCGCUGCAGGGCGAGGCGCUGAGGCGGCUCGGCGCGGCCUACGAGGCGCUGAGCGCCGAGCACGACCAGUGGCGCGCGGACUGGCAGAGGCUGUCCGAGUUCGAGCGGAACCUCGCCAGGCCGUGCUUCUCCGAGGGCGCGGCCGCGAGGCCCGCCUGCCUGCCCCCCGGGGGGCAGGGCCUGCCCCCCGGAGCGGGCACGGCGGGCCUCGCCCUCAUCGCCGAGAUGAGGUCGCUGCGAAAGGCGCACCACCAGACCCGCAUGGAGUUCAAGGCCAUGCGCGAGGAGCUCAAGAGCGUGCGGCGGGAUCUGGACGCCGCUCGCGGCGACGUGGCGGCCCUCCAGUCCUGGCGCCGCGCCGCGGAGCGGGAGACGGAGGCCGCCCGCGCCCGCCCGGAGAGGAGCGCGCCCUCGACGCCCGGCAGCCCGCCCUCCCGCCUGCAGGGCGCGCGGCGGGUGCCGUAG